CAGACGUUCGUUCUUCAGUUCGGAAGCAGACGGCGCCUGUUUUAAUGAAACGAUGGUUCGUCCAAGAUGCUUUGCCUCGUCUCCGCGCUGUGCCUGGUGGUGAGGUGUGCAGCUUUUAAGGUGACUGCACCUGCUGGUCGUCUGGUGGGCGUCCGUGGUCAGCCGGCUGUCCUGGGCUGCGAGUUCACCCCUGACUCUAAUCUUGACCUGUCCACCCUAGUGGUCACAUGGCAGCGGAAGGAGGAUGACCGGGUUGUCCACAGUUUCUAUUAUCAACAGGACCAGCUGGAUCGGCAGAACGCAGAUUACCACAACCGCACGUUGCUUUUCAUGACGGAGCUGGUGAAAGGAAACGCUUCACUCAGGAUAGAGGCGGUGACAGCAAAGGAUGAAGGCCAGUACCUGUGUAUGGUGAGCAACGCCAGAGGAACAGAUAAAGCACUGGUGCAGCUGGAAUAUGGAGCAUUCUACACAGAGCCAAGGCUGAGCAUCAGUUUCAACUGCUCCAGCAUAACAGUGCAUUACGAGGCUGAGGGUUUUCCUAAGCCAGAGGUCAAGUGGUUAGGUGACCAGGGCCAGAAUCUAACCCACCAGACAGAAGUCACCGAGAGUCCGGAUGGAGGGUCUGGACUUUAUCAUCUAAAGAGCAGUCUUGUGAUGCAGAGCCCAGCACUCAACGUGACUUUCAUAUUAAUGAACCAACGUCUCAAUCAGCACCUGCAGAGACCCGUGAGCCUUGCAUAUGGUGAAAUCAGUACCAGAUGUGGAACAAGCAGUCCAGUAAUUAUUCUCUCGGUGCUGUGUUUCCUGCUGUUUGCUAGCUGCAUGAUUUUCCUGCUCAAAAUUCUAUGUAACAAAAAACUUUGGCAAUCAAUUCUACCCCCUUACCAUCCAGCAAAUUCAGAAUUUCCUCUCCAGAGGGUGUCUGGGGGAUAAUCUCACCACACCACUGCCUUUGAUCUACAACAGGAGCAUUUGGACUACUAAUCUUGUCCAUCCUUGUCACUCCCAACAAAAAUCUCAGCAUCUUCAUCUCCGCCACCUCCAGCUCAGCCUCCUGUCUUUUAGACAGAGCCACAGUCUCCAAACCAAACAUCAUAGCAGGACGCACUGCUGUCUUAUUAUUUCUGGGCACAGUGUACUGUGACUGUACCGUCGCCUGCAUCUCUGUGGAUUAAAGUACCUCUGCAGGAAAUAUUUUGUAAUUCACUUGAAACAGUGGCUCCACCUGAACUCUUUCAACACUAAACAGGUAACAGCAAACACUGAUUUCUACAUCGCUGACAUAUUUCGAUGAGUAAGAGGUGUGUCCAAAUGCUUUUGUCCACAAAGCGCAUUGUUCAAAUACAUUUUAUUCGUUUUUGUCUUGCGUAUUGUUACAAUAAACAAAUUAAUAAAACUUUA